AUGGCGGUGCUGGUGCGGGAGCCGUUGGCUUCGCGGGCGCGGCCGUGGCCGCUGCCCCCCGGCGGUUGUUCGGUGCGCGGCCUCCUCCGCGAUCGGGCUCGGGCGCUGAAUAUUCCUGAAGAAAGCUUGUAUGUGAAAUGUAAUGGACGACUGGUUAAUGAUGAAGAUGUGUUGCAGAAUGGAGCCGUUUAUAGUCUGGAACCAAGACUUUGUGGUGGAAAAGGAGGGUUUGGGUCUAUGCUGCGAGCACUUGGUGCUCAGAUUGAAAAGACAACAAAUAGAGAGGCUUGCCGAGAUCUCAGUGGAAGGAGACUUCGAGAUGUCAAUCACGAAAAAGCGAUGGCUGAAUGGGUGAAGCAGCAAGCAGAACGGGAAGCAGAAAAAGAGCAAAGGCGCUUGGAAAGGCUGCAGCGGAAACUUGCGGAGCCAAAGCACUUUUUCACAAAUCCGGACUACCAGCAGCAGUGUCAUGAAAUGGCUGAGCGACUGGAAGAUUCAGUCCUUAAAGGAUUGCAGGCCACUUCAAGCAAAAUGGUGUCACCAGAAAGUGGCAGUAGUCGGAAGCGUCCAGGUGAACCUGGAAAGAAUGGAACAAAAUCUCGAAAAAGAAAAUGUUUUUGGCUGGGAUUGGAAGGAUUGGAUGAUCCUGACAGUUCAGAUUGUGAGGAUGACAGUGAAGAUGAUUCCCCACAUGCAUCUGAUGGAAGUUGUCCAUCAGGCAGCAGAUAUAAUGAAAAUGCUGGAAACUCAAAUGAAUGUUCAAGCAGCUCUCUGGAUUUGGUAGAUGAUAGUCCAACUACCAGUGCAACUGAGAAACCACUGGAGCAGCCAGAAGGUACUGGAAGAGAUCUGCAAGGAGAGACACACGCAGGUGGGCAGGCUGAAGUUCCAGCUGAAGAAAACAGCAAAAUGACAAAGCCCCUGAAGGAAGAGGCCCAAGAAAAGAAUGAGGUAACCCAAGCUCCAAAAGAAGAGGAGCAAGAAAAUAUUUCUUCUAAGGCACAGGAAACAAACCAGUCACAGAGCACAGAGGUGGAACCAAUAGACCUACUGGCAUUCAACUCUGCUGCUGAAAUGGAAGCCCUGGGUUUAGAUAAACUGAAGAUGGAAUUGAUGUCAUUAGGACUGAAAUGUGGAGGCACUUUAAAGGAAAGAGCAGCAAGGCUUUUUUCAGUGAGAGGUCUGUCUAGAGACCAGAUCGAUCCUGCCUUAUUUGCAAAACCCUCUAAAGGAAAAAAAAAGUGAUUU